AUGAUGAAGCUCCAAUACUUCUCCUGUCUGCUUCUUCUUGGUUUCGCGGGCGCGGCCUCGAUCCAACAGGGUGGAGGAAGCCCCUGUGCCCAGGUGAGCCAGGCUUCUCGAGUUGCUGCAGCUGCAAACACUACUCCGACAGUUGCUGCAAAGUUGGCAUACGAUUGCCUAACAUCAACUCCAUUAGAUGCAUCGGCAGCAACAGCUCUUAUGAAAUCUCUGCUUCCUUAUGUUGAAUGGCAAACAGAUAUAUCGUAUCUCAAAAGACCCCCCAAAGGGUAUCAAGUGCCAGGAAUCGAUAUCUGGAGAAGUCUCGAUGACAUUUCGAGUAACAUCAAGCGGGGGAGAUACUCGAAUGAGCAUGUGUUUCUAACAGACCUGUUUAGCACUUUUAAUCGAGUGCAUGAUGGACAUUUUCGUUUUCUUCCAGAUUUACUCAGUAAGGCCGUCCAAUUUCGAAGACCCGUUCAGUUGGUGUCUGUCAGUAGGGAUGGCCUUGAAGUGCCGAAAGUUUAUAUAAAAGAGGAUAUGGCCAAUUUCACCAAAAAUAGACCGACGAGGGUAUCUCCUGUAAGGAGGAUCAAUGGCGAAGAUGCCGAAGACUUCCUACAGAAGCUGUCCCUAAAUGGAUUUUUGCAGAACCCAGAUGCAUUGUACAACAACUUGUUCUACGAACUGGCCCUGGACGCCCAGUUCACCAGCUCGCCAUACACGGGUUAUUUUGCUGGGUCUGGACGAGCUGGCAAUAUUUAUCCAGGACCCGAAACGAAGAUACAAUUUGAAAAUGGAACAACGAAAACAUACCAAAACUAUGCGCGGGUCAUUGGAGACUUCAACGGAGUCACUGACGGACCAUCUAUGUACAGGAAAUUCUGUACAGGGCCAAGCUCAGCCCCUGUCGAUGACGCCGACUUCCCUACUAAGAGAGACACCGGAAAACCAACAGGAUAUCCGGAACCGCAAUCCAUCAGUUCCGACAAGCAGGUUGCAGGGUACUUCUUGGAUGGUGACCCGGACUAUGAGGACGUCGCAGUCCUUAGCAUGCUUUCUUUCGAGCCUAAAUUCCCAGCGGAAUUCCAAAUCGUCAUUCAAAAUUUCAUCUCGGAUGCCAAAGCUGCGGGUAAAACAAAGAUGAUCAUCGAUUUAUCAGGUAAUGGCGGAGGUAUUAUUUUGAAUGGAUACGAUGCCUUCCGUCAGUUCUUCCCCCAUAUCGUCCAGGACGGUUUCACCCGCUUUCGGGAACACGACGCUUUCGAUAUUAUGAGCAGACAGAUUUCAAACUUCACCUCUGGUUUCAAAAUGGAGACAGCAAGUACUAAUGAAGUGAUCGCAUCCCAGUCCGUCUUGGAUUAUCGUUCCGACUUGAAUCUGACGAAUCAAAGAUUUCAAAGUUAUGAGGAUAAGUUUACACCACAAAACUAUAAUGGGGAUAAAUUCACGAGUAUUCUGAGGUGGAAUCUGAGUGAUCCGCUUUUGACAACGAGCUAUCAAUGGGGCCUGGGAAUGACAAUUACGGGCUAUGGAGACCGGCAAAACUUUGAACAGCCCUUUGCCGCGAAAGAUAUCAUCAUAGUAUAUGAUGGUUCCUGCGCAUCGACUUGCACAAUAUUCAGCGAGUUUAUGAGCCGCCAAGGUGGCGUAAAAUCAAUUGCGAUGGGAGGCUUACCAAAUAGAAGGCCUAUACAAGCUAUUGGGGGCACCAAAGGGACCAAUAACUAUCCCUUUAGCUACAUCUUAGCGCUUGCGGACAUUGCCCUCGAAACUGCAACCCCGCAGGAAAGAGCAAAAUGGACAAGUGUGGCUGCGUUGAACAGCCUCCCAUUGAAUAGGAGCACAGACACUUCAAUAAAUGUGAGGGAUAAUAUUUUGAAGGACAAUCUGAAGGAUGGAACCCCUGCUCAGUUCUUGUAUGAAGAAGCAGAUUGUAGGCUAUUUUAUGAGCCAGAGAUGCUUAAAGAUGUAGGAGCUAUUUGGAAGAAGGCAGCAGCGGCGGCGUGGGGUGAUGCUAAAUGUGUUGCCGGCAGGCUCCCCCAUCAACGCGAGGCGCGUCAUCAUAGGAGGAGGAAGUCAGAAGAUAUGAAAACGAGGGCCAGAUCCGAGCAGUCUGAGGCAAGUAGGCCGGUAUGGAAGGGCCCAGAGUCAAUUCCAAAAGGCCCGAGAAAUCCAUUCUUCGGGAAAAAGGUCCCAGUAUAA